AUGAGAGUCAGCGUCUCAGUAGUUUUCUGCGCCUUCCUAGGCUUAACCACUGCCAAUCCCCUCGAUUGGCUCGGCCUUGCCUCUUGGGAAGUUGAAGGCUUCGCGAAAGACAACCCACUUGGCAAGACUACCGGAGGCAAAGGCGGCCCGACCGUGACAGUCUCAAGUGUUCCUGAGCUUCAGACCGCGGUGGCAGGCAGUGAUCCCAAGAUUGUGGUCCUGAAGGGCGAAUUCGUCUUGCCUGCACGCCUAAACGUCGGAUCCAACAAGAGCUUAGUUGGCUACAAGAACACAGCACAUAUUACCGGCAAGGGUCUCAAUGUCUACAACGCAACCAACGUCAUCUUGCAGAAUCUCAAGAUCAGCCACAUCCUGGACAAUGACUGCAUCACGAUCCGUAACUCUACUAGGGUCUGGGUGGAUCACAACGAAUUCACCUCAGAUAUUACCAAAGGCCCGGACUUCUAUGACGGUCAGGUUGAUAUUAUCCGUGCCUCGGACUGGAUCACUGUUUCCUGGAACUACUUCCACGACCACUGGAAGUCAUCCCUCGUUGGGAACGAUGCCACAUUCCGCGAUCUCGACUUUGGCCAUCUUCACGUUACAUACCACCACAAUUAUUGGAAGAACGAGGGCACUCGCGGGCCUGCAGGUCGCUUCGGACACCAGCACAUCUAUAGCAACCUCUACGAAGAUUUCCUCUAUCAGGCCAUUCACUCUCGCUCCGAUAACCAGGUUCUCGUCGAGGGCAAUGUCUUUCGCGGAAACACCCGUGAGGCGCUCAGCACUUACGGCCUCGUAAUCCCCGAUGAUUCUCCAAAUACUUGUGUCUGUGGUGACGAGGAAUUGGAUGGCUUUGCUAAUCUUGGUGCACCCAAUGACUGGGGAAAAGCUGGUGUCAACAUCACCCAGAAGGGUACCUUCUACAAGGCGCCCUAUCAGUUCAAGCUCACUCCUCUGCAUUUGGUAGCACCCAUUGUCAAACUUGGCGCAGGAGUUGGCCGAGUUUGA